CAAACGGUGCCCUUUUCUCACUGAAAGCAUGUCUUACCAGGGCAGCGUAGUACCUUAUACUCAUUUCUCUUGGGUUUUAUCCACUUCGUAUUCCAUCUCUCCAGUUUACCCAGCUGCACGCUUGCAGUCCCUCUCGGUUCAGAUCACCUCCCAGUUUACUAGACUCCGUCCUCCGCACAGCUGUGGACAGCAGUAGGCAGAACCAGACCUUGGCCGAGUGAUGGACCGUGGUUUUCCGAACCGUGCGUUUCAGCUGGGUUUCGAGGGACACGUCUGCAAUGUAGAAACUUCCCCUCUAGAUGGCAGAAACGACAGCAGGAAAACACACGGGGACUGAGCCACGAAGCAGAAAAACGCAGAGGUGGCCGACACAGCGCUCGCCUCAGUCUGGUGGUCUCCGGGCAGCGAGCAGAACUUGCCGAGCUGCUGCCAGAUGGAAAUGCGCAGAAGCUACGGGCUCAGCUGUCCUGCAAACGCCGUGCUUGCACGCUUCCCCUGGGCUCCCAGAACGGUGCGACUCCCGGCCCUUGAUCGAGCCCUCUGGUGUCCCUCCGGGAUAGGUUAUAACUGAGUAGCCCUUAUGACCAACAUGAGCUGGAGCUUUCUAACCCGCCUGCUAGAAGAGAUUCACAAUCACUCCACCUUCGUGGGGAAGGUCUGGCUCACCGUGCUGAUCGUUUUCCGCAUCGUCUUGACAGCGGUUGGAGGGGAGUCCAUCUACUCCGAUGAGCAGAGUAAGUUCACCUGCAACACCAAGCAGCCUGGCUGCGACAACGUCUGUUAUGAUGCCUUCGCACCGCUGUCACACGUCAGGUUCUGGGUCUUCCAGAUCAUCAUGAUAUCCACCCCUUCGGUCAUGUACCUGGGCUAUGCCAUCCACAGGAUCGCCAGGUCCUCGGAAGAGGAGAAGAAGUUCAAGGGAUUCAAGAAGAAGAAGCAGUUUGCUUUGAACUGGCAGGCAGUGCGCAACCUGGAGGACCCAAUGGAGGCAGAUGAAGAGGAGCCCAUGAUCUCUGACGAUACAGCAGAAAACGAAAAAGCCAAAGCCAAGCCCAAAAGCAAAGAGCAGCAGAAGCAUGAUGGGAGGAGGCGCAUCCAGCAAGAAGGACUGAUGAAAAUCUAUGUCUUCCAGCUACUUGCCAGAGCUUCAUUUGAAGUUUGCUUCUUGGUAGGGCAGUAUCUUCUCUACGGUUUUGAAGUCGAAGCUUAUUACGUCUGCAACAGAGUCCCUUGCCCUCACACUGUGGACUGCUUUGUGUCCAGGCCAACAGAGAAGACGAUCUUUCUCCUGGUGAUGUAUGUUGUGAGUUGUUUGUGCUUAUUGCUCAACAUGUGUGAGAUGUUUCAUCUGGGGUUUGGGACUAUCCGAGAUGCCAUUCGUAAUCGAAAAAUCAACAGCUUUAGGCAGCCUCCCUACAACUACGCCUACCCAAAGAACAUCUCCUGCCCUCCUGAGUACAACCUGGUAGUGAAAUCAGAGAAGUCCACCAAGAUCCCCAAUAGCCUGAUGGCCCAUGAGCAGAACUUGGCUAAUGUUGCUCAGGAACAGCAGUGCACGAGCCCGGACGAGAAUAUCCCAGCAGACUUGUCCACCCUUCACAAACACUUGCGAGUGGCCCAGGAACAAUUAGACAUAGCGUUUCAGAGCUACAGCAGCACCCAGCCCAACACACAGCCUUCUCGAACCAGCAGUCCCGCCUCGGGCGGCACGGUGGUAGAGCAGAACAGGGCCAACACCGCCCAGGAGAAACAAGGUGCUAAACCCAAAGCCUGCUCAGAGAAAGGAAGCUCAAGCAGCAAAGACGGAAAGACAUCUGUAUGGAUAUAGCUCAUUUAAAAGAAGAGAGGGCAGUGUAAGUGGGGUUUUUAUUUUCUGUUUUUCAGUAUUGUCUUGAGUUCAAUUCACAGGGCACAGGCACAAUUUUUAUAUGGAAGUCAGCAGUGAAAAGGCAUUUCAGACCAAUUUAGUGUUGUCUUCCAGUACAUUAACAAAAGACAUUUCCUUCCUAUUUCCAAGCCGUUCUCCAGCUGGGAACCUCCAGCGAGCAAUAACAAGGUUCGGAUCCCUCGCAUAUCCGACCCGUUUGGUCACUGCCGUGUCCCCCAGCAGGGACUGGACAACGCGCUGUGAUGGAAGAGGAGCUGCUGGUCGCUCAGAAGAGAAGUCACCCCUACAGUGAGCAACUCCUCCCCUGCAGCGCGAGGAUAGCGUACUGUAGGUCAGGGAGUGUUUAAUUACUAAAUAUCCUUAAUCAACAUUAAUUUCCGAUCCCUUGAUUAAAAGGGAGAACAGCUGACACGUUGCGUGAACUUUCGUGACACACUCGCGGCUAAUUUCCUGUCUGAAUUCCUAACUUCGUUAGCAGCAUCACUGCAAACGAACGCAACAGAGGUUUGUGCUUUGCGUUGUAACCCGGCAAGCACGUCAGGUUAUGGGGGAAGAAACGCGUUGACGGUAUCUACACAGGGAGACCUGAGAGCACAGCACAGUGCUAAAGGUUUUAUUUUUUUCCUCCUCCGCAUUGAAACAAAAAGCAAAUAUGAUCAAACACUGCAUAGCAGGAGUUCGCAGUGGAACUGCGUUGUGACGGUUUCGGGGUAGCUCUUGCUGCAGAUGUGGUGGGGAUCGUUGCACUUACAGCAUUUUUAACAAACUGCUACUUCACAUCAUCAGAAAGUGCCUUUAUGCAACCAGGAAAACAAAAUUGUAGAGGGUUUGGACAUCUUUAUUUGUUAAAUUUUAGUAAAGAUUGGAGGAUCAGUGCUGAAAGAUUUUUCUGUUAGUGGCAGAGCACAGAUCUACGCAUAGUGUGUAUAUGGUGUGUGCCUGCGUGUACAUCUAAGUAUAUAUAUGGACACAUAUGAUCAUGUCUCUGUGAAUAUAUGUAUAUAUAUAUAAACGUAAUAUCAACUCGCUGGAAAUUUACAGCCUUCGACCUUCUCUGGGUAAACCCGGCUGAUCCGGAAUGACAGCUGAUCUUCCUCCCGGAGCAGUCCUCGGGUACAGCCUCACCUGGGGAAUUUGCAGCUUUUCACACGCUUGCUUGGGCCACCCAGCAGAAGAUCAGUGGGGACAGGACCGAGGCCAGUAACCAGUUUUUCCCUAAUUUAUGGGAGAUUUUUUUGGUUUUGUUUUGGAUUUUGGGGGGGGAAGUGUUGCAGUUACAAGAGUUUGGGGCAUGUUAAAAAAAGCUGCCGAGCUCCAAGGCUCCUGCUAGUAUCGCGAAUAUACUUUGCAGGGCGGUUUCACCCUAUGUCUCCUGUACAGCUGUGGGCCUGUGGCUUUGCCACCAUCCAGUAAGACAAAGCAGAAAGAAAACCUACUACAUAGGUUUUUUGUUAGCUUGAGAAGAAGACCAUCUGCUGUCAAAUGGUACAGCCUGAAAUCAGUCACUGUCCCACGGUCUGCCGCGUCUCAGAGUGGGUCACAUCCUUCAGAGAGUGGAGAUCUUCCCGAGAUGCCUGUGGCUUGGCAGAUGCUCUUACAACCUCCCAGGAGCCAAGCAGUUGAUUCACCACCCUGGAGGACCUAAACAGGCACAGUAUUUAAGAGCAAACUUAACAUGAAAUGAGUAAAUCCCCACUGAAGGGCAGCACGGCCCAUAUGCUGAGAUGCACUUGCUGUUCGCUCAGGGCACUGCCAGUCAGACGAAGUCACACCUGGUCCCCGUGCCAGUAUUUCUUAUCCACUGGACCUGUGUAACUGCUUGCUGACCUUCUUCCUCAUGUCCUUGAGAUCAGUCUCCAAAUGUCUUCAGGUUGCCUGUGUGGUCAGGCCCAUAGGCCAAAUGGAUACACCUACACCGGAGUAUGGCCUUCAGCGCCUGACAACACCGAUAAAUUUGUGCAAUGCCAUUAGACAAUAGUGCUGGUAGCAAAAAAGUAGGUUUAAAAAUAAAUCAAAGAAACAUCCAAUGAGGCAUUCAUCUGCGAAUCCUCAGUAUGGUUUUGCUUAACAGUCUGGGGAGUACUUUGAGGCUUGGUCCUGAUCCCAUUGAAGGCAUUGGUAAAAUGCCUGGAGCACAGUCUGCUCCUCCUUACUAAAGACCUUCCCCUUGAAAACGAUCCACUGGAUCCAGGAGGAGGAUCAGUGGAUCUCCCCAGCAGGAAUGGUCAGUGGUAACCCACAUCCGUCACAUGGAAGGAUGGCCCAUGUGCCACAAAUUUUGCACUCCAGGCUCCUAAAGUUCACACCACAGUGGUGAGGAGAGAAACAUAUCUGAGUGCUCUGCAAGACUGUGCUGCUGCUCCUUGUCCCACGGGACAGCUCUGCGUGGAAACCCGUCCUCCUCCGCGGCUCGGGCAACGCAAGGGAGGUGGUGGUGGUGAGGGGGGAAAUGCACCCAGCUCCACAGCCCAGGGCUGGGGAGGAGGGCAGAGAUCCUGCCGGGUAGCGAUUUGCACCCUAGUAAGGCCACCCAGGGCACAAGCUUGUACAGCACAUCCAUGUGAAUCCUGCUUGUUUUCUGCUCUCUCCAUGGAAAUAGGGUGUAUUUAAAGCUGUGAUCCCGAGGGAGGGAUGGACACUCUGACGAGGGCCAUGGUUGGUUGCGGCGUGGCGUUUUCUUGAUUCCUUCGGGAUGACUAGCAAUAUCACAGUCCUGGCGAAACUUGUCCUUCCCAUGCAAUGCAGGCAGGCUCUGUGCCGAGUGGGAGCCCUGAUUUUGGAUUUCUCCUGCCUGUAAUAGCAAAAUGUUCCCCCACCCCACGCAUGGCCUAAGCAUUUCCUGAUGACUCAGACUGGUCCCUUGGUUCCCGUUGACUUGCAGAUUCACAAGCAAGUCACCAAAUGUAGGGACUGGUGUGUGCCUCCCUUGCUCUUGCUUCUGGGAACCAUCCCGCCUCGCUGUGGGGAAAGGAGGAGCAGAUUUUAAGCCACAAACCCCAGAGCCUAGCCACAGGGCAACCCUAAUGACUAACAUGAACAUCCCUUGCUGCAACCCUUGACUUUGGCCCUCAGUAGACAUGGAGAACAGCUUAUUCCCUUUGUAUCUGCAGAAGUCUUUGGGUGUUUGAAGAUUAUUUUCAUAUCCCUCAAGUCUGCUUUAAGCUGAACUCCUAUCCCUUCAAUCUUUCUCCAAGGGGUGUGUUUCCAGUGUGGUUUUCAUUGCUGUCUUUGAACCACCACCAGCCAGUCCAUGCCUUCGUAGCAGUGCAGGGUGCUGGUGGCAGUGCUGCAGCAGACCUGGCCAUGGCGUCACCUUCUCACCCUGCUUUUCUUCAUGCAUCCAUCUGCUUCUUCCAAACAGCCUGGUCUUCCCCGACACCCCCAUUUCUGCGGGCCUGGGGCUUGCCCCCCUCGGCAGACGUGCGUGUGUGCAGCUGGCAUCUUCCUGCCCUCGCUCUGCACUUGUCCCCCCACCUGCCUUUUUUUGCUUUCACGCCAGCGAGAUAGUUUGCCAAGAGGAUUUUGAACAACCAGCCAGUACUGCAGCAAAUUUGCAGCCUCUCCCUAGCGGGAGUCACCAUCACAUUUAAUAUGCACAGACUGUUUUCCAGAGUGGCGGUCAAUAAUUGCAAUAUUGAUGAGUGUUAGAGCCAGGACAGACACUUGUGCAAUCAAUACAACCUCCCUGUCUGGCAGAGAGACAGGACAACCACUCUCCAAGCCGUUCUUCCAGCCAGUUCUGCUCCUCUGUCGGGCUCAAAACAACUUUGGUGUAUAAAACGCUUUGCACCGAGGUUGGCUCAGGUCUGUCUUGGUUUCCUCCCUGUGAAAAGGGGCUGACCUUGCUUUCUCAUUUUUUCCAAGUGCUUUGAUACGUUCUUGGCAGAACUGCUCCGGUGUCCAGCAGCCUGGUCUGGGCGGCCUUGGGGGAUGCACGGUCACCUGCCACGUCCCGGCAAGCCUGGCACACUCCUCUGACGCUGGGGAGAAGUGACCCUUGUUCUUCCACAUCCCACCCAAGCAGCCCACAGGAGCCAGCAUGAGGCAGAUGGUCCUAAAAAUAUAAAGGAUUAUUAUUAUACAUGUUGAGUUGGGUUAUUAUUAUAUAUGUUGAGUUGCUCACUUGCCCUGUUCCUCCUCCCUGUCUUGGCCUCUAAAGCCUUUAGGAUAUUGUGUCCUUCCACAGUCACGGCCACAAAGGUGCUGAUCAUGCUUUAAUGCCUCUGCCGCAAUGACUCCAUCCAGGGCAGUAAGAGAGGUCGCAUCUUUAUUGUGCCUGUUGGGAAGGAAAAGGAGAGGGAGGCAAAAUAAACACAAUCGCAAGCAAAAACCCCUGCACAAACAUCCCAAGUGAAGCUGGCUGCUCAAGGAAUUUCAAUUAAACGGCAGGCAGCAUCAGCCAGGGAAGAAAGGCUAGCAAUAUAAUUAAUGCUUUGCUUCUUCUACAGCUUAGUAAUCCUGUUCACAGAUGAGACGGAUUUAGCUUUGUAGCUGAACUAAUCGUAAAUGUUGACUCUUUCACUAAACUUUGCGGGAUAAAGUGCCCACCCUUACAUUUCUAUUAUUACCAUUCAGGGCCAGGAACGUCCCCAGCAAAAGCCAGAUUACCUUGUUGCUUGCAUUGCAUUCCUCUGGGAAAUACUUGAACUUAACUCAAGGCCAUAACCAGUCUGUGCUGUUAUGAAGCUUCUGGGAUUGUUUUUUGUUUGUUUGUUUGUCUGUUCAUUUUUUAUGUACUAACUGUAUUUGUACUAGAAAAUUUUGGAGUAUGAGAUUGAAUCUGUAAGUAUUCUUCAGUGUAAAUGUUACAUCCGCACUGUAGUUAGAAUAUUAAACGUUGGUCAAAAGACAAAGAUACAUCAAUCCAGCUCUUUGACUGGCUCUUCCAUGUCCGUUACUAAUAAAAUGGAAUAAAACUUACAUUUUGUUACAGUA